AGAGAGACGGCUGCCUCUCAGUCCCUGUCCACGAUGGGUUCCACCAGAACAUGGCUGGUCUGGACCCUGUUUUUGUGUUUUACUGCCCCGAAGAUCGCGGCUCUCACAGUGAGCAUGAUGGAAUCCAGUCUGGAGGUGGUGCGGGGGAACUUCAUCGUCCUCCCCUGCUCCUUCUCCACCUCCACCCCUCUGUUCAGACUCAACAUCAUCUGGACCCUGGACCCUCUCGCCAGUCCAGAGAGCCCGAUUCAGGUGAUUGUGUACGACCACGGGCAGGUGAUUGAGGACCCCUCCCUCACCGGCAGGGUGGGUUUUACAGGUCUCCCCUGGAGCGCUGACAUCGUACUGAAUGACACCCGGGUGUCGGAUGCCGGGACUUACCGCUGCAUGGUCAACAACCCCCCUGAGGUGGCAGAUCCUGGCAUCGGAGAGCUGGUGCUCAGCGUUCUGGAGCCGCCCUCUCUGCCCGUGUGCCAGUGGGAUGGAGACAUGGACAUGGGAGGAAGUGUCCGGCUGUCCUGCUCCGUGGCGGAGGGUGUCCCCACACCAGACGUCCGCUGGGAGAAGAUGAACCCACAGGAAGUGUUACUUCCCAUCAACAUGGAGGGGGACCCAUGGGGCUGGGGUCAGACUGUGAACGUGUCCACCCGGACGGCGGGCCUGUACCGCUGCUCAGCCUCCAACGUCCUGGGAACGGAGAACUGCUACGUGAACGUGGCCCUCUACAGCGCCCCGGCCGGCCCGCCGGGCGUCCUGCCGGCCGUGCUGCUGUGUCUGGCCAUGAGCGCGCUGCUGCUGGCCCUCCUGCUGCUCCUGCUCUGGCUGCGCCGCGCCGGGGGGGACGGGAGGAAGAGGAAGAGGGAGAGGAAGAGGGAGAGGAAGGCCGAAGAGGCCUGCUACAACGAGAUCCGCUACACCCCAUCCGAGAUGAAGCGCUCCUUCGUCUGACCCUUCUCUCCGCCGGGAACCCCGACCCGGGGACCACAGGGGGAAGAGACUUCCAAGUGUUUCUGGCAUUUUACUGAUCUGUGUAGCUCCUGGAUUUGUGCAGCCCCCCCACUGCUGGGUGUGCCUGUAAAUGUUUAGAAAAACGUCCCAAGAUCUGAGAACUAACCCCACGCUGUAUCUCCUAUGCCGUCCUCAAACUUUCCCUUUGAGCCACAUGCUGGUCAGACUCCACCCGGAACUUCUGAGCUUCAGGUGCGGCCGCUUUCGAGUGUCAGAAAACCAAAAGAAACGCAUCGUCCUUCACUUCUGUCCAAACUGACCACAGAUUCCGGCGUUCACUGGGGAUGAAUUACACUUCAAAUGUGAAGUUAGUCAGUUAGCCCUUGAUGACUAGCGUACAUGUAGACGUUAGACCUGAGUGAUGCUCCCUGCCUGAGGUCAGGGGUCAGCUGCGGUCAGCUCCAGGUCCACCUGGCUCCUUUUCUUCUCGGCUUAUGCAAAGCCCAGACGUCCACCCUCUGACCAACUAUGAUUGUGGCUCCUUUCUAUAAUUAGUCUUGGAGGAUUUAGAGGGUUUAUUCCCCCUUUUAUUACAUUGUUGUUGCACAGUUUAGGAUGUGUGGUACUGAAGCAGGAAUUUCCACGACUGACGAUGACUGUUUUCACGUGAUCUUCCUCCAAGGAGGAAAUAAAGAUUUC